GAGAGAGCCAGCGCGCGCGGGGCUGGAUCGAACAUCGAUCCGGCACGCAAAAGGCCAUCCGAGGGCUGAGGUUCAUCAGCAACACCAAAUCCAACGGUCCUGAUGCAUGGAACGGCGUUCAGUCCAAUUUCGACAAGCUUGCUCGUGACGGUCUCCUAUCCCGCUCCGAUUUCGCCCAAUGCAUAGGGAUGAAGGACUCCAAGGAGUUUGCAUUGGAGCUUUUCGAUGCAUUGAGUCGAAGAAGGAGAUUGAAGACGGAAAAGAUCAGCAAAGAAGAACUUUACGAGUUUUGGUCACAGAUCACUGAUCAGAGCUUCGAUUCUCGCCUUCAGAUUUUCUUCGAUAUGGUGGACAAGAAUGAAGAUGGAAGGAUUACAGAGGCCGAAGUUAAAGAGAUAAUAAUGCUGAGCGCGUCCGCAAAUAAACUGUCUCGAUUGAAAGAACAGGCAGAGGAAUAUGCCGCUUUAAUUAUGGAAGAGUUGGAUCCUGAAGGACUUGGCUACAUUGAGUUAUGGCAACUGGAGACCCUACUGCUGCAAAGGGACACAUACCUAAACUACAGUCAAGCUCUGAGCUACACGAGCCAGGCCUUGAGCCAGAACCUGGCGGGGCUAAGAAAGCGGGGGCCCAUAAGGAACCUGAGCACCAAACUUGGCUACUACAUUGAAGAGAAUUGGAAGCGACUGUGGGUGAUCGCGCUGUGGAUUGGGAUCAUGAUCGCCCUUUUCACGUGGAAGUUCAUUCAGUAUAGAAACAUGUACGCAUUCAAAGUGAUGGGAUACUGCCUAACUACAGCCAAAGGGGCUGCCGAGACUCUCAAGUUCAAUAUGGCUCUCAUUCUUCUUCCUGUUUGUCGAAACACCAUUACGUGGCUUCGUGCCACUCGCAUAUCUCGAGUGCUGCCUAUUGACGAUAACAUCAACUUUCAUAAGACCAUUGCAGCAGCAAUUGUAAUUGGAGUGAUCCUCCAUGCCGGCAACCACCUCAGCUGCGAUUUCCCACGCCUAAUAUCCUCAGACGACAGAAUGUAUAGCGGGAUGAAGGGUGAUUUCGGGGAUUCAAAGCCCUCCUACAUAAAACUCGUUCGAGGCCCAGAAGGUGCAACAGGAAUCCUCAUGGUCGUAUUCAUGGCGGUGGCUUUCAUACUUGCUACUCAUUGGUUUCGCCGGAGCCUGGUCAAGCUCCCCAAGCCCUUCGACAGGCUCACAGGUUUCAAUGCGUUUUGGUAUUCUCACCAUCUCUUUGUUAUAGUCUAUGUUUUGCUCGUGGUUCACGGACAGUUCCUCUAUCUUGUGCAUUCCUGGUAUCUCAAAACGACAUGGAUGUAUUUAUCUGUGCCCCUUCUUCUUUAUGCUGGCGAAAGAAUCCUGAGAGCUUUGAGGUCUGGAUAUUACUCUGUCAGAUUACUCAAGGUAGCUAUUUAUCCUGGUAAUGUUCUCACGCUGCAAAUGUCGAAGCCUCCAGCUUUCAAAUACAAGAGCGGGCAGUACAUGUUUGUUCAGUGCCCCGCAGUCUCACCAUUUGAAUGGCAUCCAUUUUCAAUAACAUCAGCACCAGGAGAUAAUUUCCUUAGCAUCCAUGUUCGUCAGCUUGGCGAUUGGACCCAGGAGCUCAAACGGGUAUUCUCGUUGGCCUGUGAGCCUCCUACUGCAGGAAAAAGUGGCCUCCUUAGAGCUGAUGAAAGUACCAAAAAGAGCUUGCCAAAACUCUUAAUAGAUGGACCUUAUGGGGCUCCUGCUCAGGACUAUAGUAAAUACGAUGUUCUGUUACUCGUAGGGCUGGGAAUCGGGGCGACACCAUUCAUUAGUAUACUGAAAGAUUUGUUAAACAAUAUUGUGAAAAUGGAGGAGCAAGCUGAUUCGAUGGUUGAUUUCUGCCCCCCAGCAGGCGAACAUAUGGAUCUGGCUACCAUCAUGAGAGCAACUACACCCAACAUUAGAAAAAUGCUCAAGACGACCAAUGCGUAUUUCUACUGGGUAACUCGAGAACAGGGCUCUUUCGACUGGUUCAAGGGAGUUAUGAAUGAGAUUGCUGAGCUUGACUAUAGGGGUAUAAUUGAGAUGCACAACUACCUCACUAGCGUGUACGAAGAAGGGGAUGCCCGAUCUGCACUCAUCACUAUGGUUCAAGCCCUCAAUCAUGCUAAGAAUGGUGUCGACAUAGUGUCUGGGACCAGGGUGCGAACACACUUUGCGAGACCUAACUGGAAGAAAGUCCUGUCAAGAUUGAGCUCUAAGCAUCCUUGCGCAAAAAUAGGAGUAUUCUACUGUGGAGCUCCAAUUUUGGCUCAAGAGCUGAGCAGGUUGUGCUACGAGUUCAAUCAAAGAGGCGCCACAAAAUUCGAGUUCCACAAAGAACAUUUCUGAAUACACGUACAUAUACACAUGCAUACAUACUAAUACCAUAGAACGAACUACUGUACACACUAUUUUUGUAAUAACUUUUUGAAAAGAUGAGGUAAUUGAAUAUAGAAGAGAAAAAAAACUCAAGUUUAUACACCUUAUCUGGCGUCUGUAUAAAUAAAUUGAAGAUAAGCAAAAAGAUGAAAGAAAAGGAAAGAGUAUUGGUGGUGAGUGCGUUGACAAGGACCGAAGGAGCACCAAGGAUUCUUGACGCGGCUACCUGGUGGUGGGUCCUACGAAGUGAGGAACAGCUAGUGGCUGUUGUUGACUUUUUUAUAUGUACACUUGGCAAGGUUUCAUUGGCUGGAGUCCAUCGUUUCUAGAAGCUCAGGUCACCUGCGUUCAUGGGUCUUCGGGAGAGUAGGUGAGCCUGAUAUUAUUAUUUUGAAAAUUUUAAAAUUGAGCAGUAGGUAGAGUAGAAGAGAAACCAAAAUGGUUUGAUAGAGAAAUUGUGUAUAUGUGAUUAGAAUUAGCUAAUCAAGGUCAAUAUGCACCAAACUAUAGAUGUACUAUUAUUUUCUAAUUAGUUAAUGAUAAGAUGGAUGAUGGUAGUUU